GGGGGCAUCAUCGCACAGGGGCCCUUUGGUCACAGGGUGUGGGGGCCGUCAACAUGUCAUGUACAUGGCGCUGGCGUCGGCUCCAGAGCACCUUGCGCGCCAAAGGACCGAGAUUUUUACGAAGGAGCUCCACGCGCGGGCGCCCUGCCGCCUUGGAGCGGAGCCCACCAGAACAGAGGAGGGCUCCGAGCGGGCAGGCUGCGGCUUCACCCGCCCUUUCGAGAAAGGCACGCUCUGGACGGCCACGGCGCCCCAGUGCACCGCGGGCCUGCCGCCGCCGGACGACCCGGCGGCGAGCCCCGCCGAGCACGCGCCCCGCGGUGCGCCCUGCUGCGCCGCGCAGUGAGGGGGGCGCGCGGGGGCUCGGCGGCCUGCGCGACGGCUCGCCGCGCCCGCCGCGGGCCCUGCGGAGGCCCUGCGGAGGCCCCCGCGGAGGCCAGUCUGCGGAGGCCACCCUGCGGAGGCUCGGCGCGCGUCGCCGCCAGCGGCCUGGGCGGGCCCCCAAGGGGCCGCGGGCCGGCCGCGGGCAGCAGAGGCACCCCGCGGAACAGGAGGCGGAACAGAAGGGAAGAGCGCCCGGGAGGACGCCGCGCGCGGCGCGGUGCCCCCCCGCGCCAGCGCGCGGGCGCCCUCCGCGCCAGGCCGCUGUCGUGCAGAAAGCAGCGCGCGCGGGGGGGGGGGGGGAAGGAGUGGCGCGAGGCGAGG